AUGGUAUUUGAUGUCAAACUUGGUGAAAACUUCCAACGAAAGGCUCGAUAUUGCGCUGAUGGACACAAAACAGAAGCGCCAGCAGCACUGACAUACAGCACUGUGGUAGCCCGAGAUUCUGUACGAAUAUUACUCACCAUUGCAGCAUUGAAUGGUUUGGAUGUCCAGUGCGCUGACAUUCAAAAUGCUUUCCUCACCGCACCCAAUCUUGAAAAGUGUUACAUGAUUGCGGGCCCUGAAUUUGGAGACGAGGAGGGUAAAACAUUCAUUGUUAGGCGAGCAUUAUAUAGUUUGAAAUCUGCUGCGAUAGCAUUCAGGUCCCACCUUGCAGAGACAUUGGAGAACUUGGGAUUUUACUCAUCAUAUGCCGAUCACGAUGUUUGGAUGCCAGCAGCUAUCAAACCAGACGGGGAAGAAUACUACGAAUAUAUCUUGUGUUAUGUUGAUGACAUCUUGUGCAUGUCUGAAAACGCUAAAGAUGUUAUGGAACAGAUAAGCUACAAAUUCAAGUUCAAGAAGGACAAGAUUGAACAGCCUGAAAGCUACCUUGGAGCGGGUG